AGCUGGAGUGGAUGUGACGUUGUUUGUAUUAGAACGAAGAAGCAUGCAUUCACGGAUGUGACCUUAUGUUGAAACAGUAAUUUAACAAGGCUUCCAAUCUUGCAAUUACAUACUAUAUGUAGCUGGUGUGGCUGUUAUUCAGCUGUGCAUCGUAGCUAAACGUUAUCUUCUAACAGUUCAGUUUAAAUAGUCACUACUGAGAGCAACAUUUGAGAUGGCAGAGGCACAUCAAGCUCGUGUACUGAAAACCAUAGAGGAUAUGGUUCAAAGUUUAGAACGGUACCACAUUCGCAAGAUGCAAGGUCUCAUGUUCAAGUGCAGUGCAGAGUGCUGCGAGCGCUCCGUAGACUCCAUGUCACAGGUGCACAAUUGUAUUGAACGCUGCCAUACCCCUCUGGCUCAGGCCCAAGGACUAGUGACCAAUGAACUGGAGAAAUUUCAGGACCGGCUGACCAGGUGCACCAUGCACUGCAAUGACAAGGCCAGGGACCUGUUGGACUCUGGAGCCAAGGAGCCAGCCGUGAGGGCCCUGAUGGAGAACUGUGUGGGCAGCUGCGUAGACGACCAUGUCAACCUGAUCCCAAGCAUGACACACAGACUCAGAGAGAACCUGAACUCUAUUCCACAGUGAGAAGGGGAGAGCGUACUGCAGAUGCACGAGACAUCUUGGGCUACAGUGACAAAGGGGUUCAUAAAGUUCUGACUGUAAUAACAGCAAAGA